AUGUUGAAAAUUGUUAAUCAGGAUAGAUCAAAGUGUACGUUGUUUGGAUUUCAAGAGGGAGUUUAUCGCUUUCGUUUAAAUGUCACUGACGAUGGCGGUCUCUGGGGUUCAGAUGAUGCUUAUAUUAUUCUUAUCAGAAGCAAAAAUGAAGCACCGGUAGCAAAGGCGAAAGAUUUGACUAUUACUUUACCAGCAAGCGUGGCAUUUCUGAAUGGAAGUGAAUCCUCAGAUGAUGCCGGAAUAGUUCGAUGGCUGUGGACUGCUCACGAUGAUGUUCCAGCUUGUAUUACAUUCUUAGGCAAUUCGAAAGUGGAAUCAGUGGCGAUAUUGACUGGUUUAGUCCCAGGCACAUUUUUGUUUGAUUUAGCGGUUUGGGAUCAUUCGGAUGUAAUGAAUGCAACAACCGUCGCAUUAACUAUUUUUGUAGGUAUGCCGCAUCUGCAGUCGGUGGAAAUGUACUUAAAAAAGCAAUUUGGUGAAUUUACAUAUCGUGUUAAAAAUAAAUUCGAAGAACGGCUCAGUGCAACUCUUUCGUCGCAGAUAGAAGAAGCAAACGACGUAGUAGUCGUAUUUUCAUCUAUUGAUGAAGAUUUCAGUACAGGCCGAAUACGAAUCGUAUUCCAAGCUGAACGUGUUAAUAUCGCAUUUCCUUCAAAGAGAAGUAUGGCAGGAAUUUCACAACAAAGGAGUGAGAAAGUAACGAUUAUAGAAGCAUGGGAGAUUGUCAAGAUUUUACGUUCAGAAACGACUCUGAUGACAGGAUUCAGUGUUGAUUCUAUUGAUGCUUUAUGUAAUAAUCGUUAUCGAAAGAGAAGGCGUACACGUAAAGCUGCCGUCAAUACUGAAAGGAGAUUGAAUGAAACUAAAUCUAACGGAUAUGUCAAAAGCAACAGGGAUAGCUCAUCUUAUGCGUUAUUGCUGGCAGCAGAAAGUUCAAGUUCGGAGUCAAAAACAAGCAAAUCGUCGAAAAAAUCAAAUUCAAGCAAUCGACGCUUCAUUUCAAAUAGUGCUGCAUCCUUUGAUUUCGCUUAA